UAUAGAUCACUACUUCUUGCUUCUACUUGACAUCUGUCCAACUAUUAUUUAGAUUAGAUCUUUCCAGACUAUCUCAGCACAGCAAUAACUAAAAGUGAAGAGUUGAAGAUAGUUGUAUAGAGUACAAAACCGUUGUAGAGCUUCAAUACUGGCACCACAUAAUGGGAGAUGAACAAGAAAGAACUAUGUAUGUAGGCAAUCUACACGAUGAUGUCACAGAUUCAUUGCUGUAUGAACUAUUCUUACAGGCUGGACCUCUGCAGUCAAUCAAUCGUGUCAAAGACCGAGAAACUGGCCGACUGAAGAACUUCGCGUUCGUGAUAUUCACACACGCCGUCUCGGUGCCGUACGCCAUCCACCUCACGAACGGCAUCAAGCUCCUGGGCCGACCUCUGAAGACCCAGCGCCGUAAUAACGUAGACCUUCCUCACUACCUCAGCGUGGGUGUGCACUGUAUUGAAAAUGAAUCCGACAUUCAACGAACUCUUAAUGGUGAUGAAAACCCUAGAGCUGAGGAUUAUUCUAAGGGGCGUGACAGCUCCUAUGUACGGAAGAGUCGACAUGAUGGCAGUUUCAAGCCUAAGCCACUUGACCCAAACCAGACAUGGAAGAAUACCAUUGACUACAACCUGCAGCAACAGCAGGCGCAACAACAGACCAAUCAUUACAUGAAUAAUGCAUCUCUUACGGGGAACGCGUCACAUUUGCUCCCUGACCGCCAACAAAGAAAUGUAAACUCACGACCAUCGUCGCAGUCAUUCAGUGGUGGCUCCCCAGCUCGAUCUGCCAGCCACUACCACCAGAUGAACGACAACAUUUUAGGCCAGAUGAGCGGUAGUGGGGAUCUUCGUAAUAAGCUCGGCGGCAACAACUACCGGAGCACACGCGAUGACCGCGGUGCAGCUUAUAGCAACCAAAGUGCUGGUGGCUACGCCGGUGGUUAUAAUGGACCAAAUAGAUCCAGUUCACUUUACCAUACGCAUUAUGGCAGCACCAGUUUCGUCAACACGUAUUCAGCUCAAGACAACAGUCGCAAAGGUUACAGCGGGAGUGAUUACAACUCUGGGUACGGUAGUGGUCGUUAUUAUGACUCGUACGACAGAAAUAAUGGAAAUAGAAAUACUAACGAGGGUAUGCAGCAUCGCCUUGGCCGGUCUCCUAACGAAGCUCAUCACCGCAGCCGCAGUUACGACAGUAAAGACUACAAUAGCUGGAACCGCCGUACCUGAAGAUAAUUUUUAUCCUGCAACUAAGAACCAUUGUGUUGAGUAAUUGGUUUCAAAAUAACGAAUUAUGAUAUUUUU